CUUCUCAUGCUCGUGUUCCCGGUCUCAGCAAUUAGUGGCAAUUUCCGUGAGCUUCUCCUGGGCUAGCAUCUUUUUCUCUCUGAAGCAGGCAGCCGAGGCUCUUUUUCCAAUUCAUGCCCCUUCUGUGGGCUCGGAAAGGCAGGAAGAAGUCGGCAUUGCCGUAGAGCAGGUCAGCUUCAGACCGCUCCCCUUGCGGGGCUUUUUUUAUUUUUGAAAAAAAACCUUCAUCUGUCUCGCGUGCCGUACGUAGCGUUAUUAUGUAUCAAAGCUCUGUUAGGUCGUUGUGUUCAGCCCUGUCUAACCUCUGCUGCACUCCUUCUUCUGCCUCUUCCUCGACCCUGCUGCUCCGAUCACCUGCUCCAGUGAAGAGAGCCCUCUCCCCCUCUGCCCUCCUCGCCUCUUCCUAUGCUGCCGCCGGAGUCCCGCGCUGCAGCUGCUCCGCCCCGGGCAGUUCGGGAGCUGCCAAUUCGCAAGCUGGGUGUUCCAUGGGCAACAGUACAAGCAGGCUAUAUAGUGCACUGGCAAAGACUUUGAAUAGCAGUGUCAUUACUAAACACCAAGAGUACUUGGAACAAACAGAUCCUGAGUUUCUGGAUCCUAUAGAUCCCAAAGAUCUGCUUGAAGAAUGCCAGAUUGUUCUUCAGAACCGCCCAGCCCGACUCCAGAGGGAUUUUUUGGACUUGAGGACCAGCUUUGUCAGAAACCAUCAGCCCAUUAGAGUCAUGCAAUGGAACAUACUUGCACAAGCUCUUGGGGAAGGCAAGGACAACUUUGUUCAAUGCCCCAUGGAAGCCUUGAGGUGGGAAGAAAGGAAGUGCCUCAUUCUAGAAGAGAUCCUUGCCUAUCAACCAGAUAUCCUCUGUCUACAAGAAGUGGACCACUAUUUUGAUACCUUUCAGCCAUUACUCAGUCGGCUAGGCUACCAAUGUGCUUUUUUCCCUAAACCAUGCUCUCCGUGUUUAGAUGUGGAAUGUAACAAUGGCCCAGAUGGCUGUGCCUUGUUCUUCCUUAAGGACAGGUUUACUCUAAUUAAUAGCACCAACAUCCGGUUGACAGCAAUGAAGCUCAAAACCAAUCAAGUGGCCAUAGUUCAAACCCUGAAAUGCAAUGAAACGGGGAAACCAUUCUGUAUCGCUGUCACCCACUUGAAAGCCCGCAAUGGCUGGGAGAGGUUUCGAUCUGCUCAAGGUGCUGAUCUUCUUGAGAAUCUAAAACAGAUCACCCAGGAGGCAGAGAUCCCUCUUAUUGUCUGUGGUGAUUUCAAUGCCGAGCCUACAGAAGAGGUGUAUAAGCAAUUUGCUGAUUCUAGUCUGAACCUGAACAGUGCUUAUAAACUGCUGAGUACAGAUGGGCUGACAGAACCUCCAUACACCACGUGGAAGAUCCGUCCUUCUGGAGAAUGCAGGCAUACACUUGAUUACAUCUGGUAUUCACAACAUGCCCUAAAAGUAGAUGCUGCCCUCAACCUCUUAACUGAGGAGCAAAUUGGACCCAACAGACUACCAUCUUUCAAUUACCCUUCAGACCAUCUGUCUUUAGUAUGUGAUUUCACCUUUAAUGAAAAUCCAGACAAGUUUUUAAGAUUAGGUGAAAUAUAAAGAGGGGUAGGUAGUGUUUUAAUGUACUGCGUUUGUGCAGGCAGUGACUUUUUACCAUGGACUUCUAAAGACUUCUGGGGAUAGGAUGGGAGAAAUAUUUAUGAAUGGAGAACUAAUAAUCUAUCUUUACUCCUAUAGACUUGAAAGACUUUUUUUCAUAUUAACUCCAUGCUAUGACAAAAACCACAAACAAAUGCCUGUCUGACUGCUUAUGCUGUUUUCUGUUGGGUUUUUUUUUUUUUUUUUGGAAGAGAAGCGCUGCUGUUAUUCAGGUCAAAUUGUAACAAGCUUUUUUCCCUAAGAUUUUGGGUUGUAAGAUAAAACAGUUACACUGUGUGUAACAUAGUUGUCCUGUCAACAGUCGAUCAAACAGAUGAAUACCCAGGUUCCUCCCUCCCAUACUGGACUAAAUGACCAAAUUUUGUUCAGUGUAAAGUUUAAUAUGAGUCUGAGUUAAUUUUUUCCUGAGGUUGUCUUGAAUUUUGCCUUCUUCUUGAAUAAACUGAAUGAGUGUUAACCUCUGAAAUGCA